AUGGACACCAUAUUCGGGCGCAAGAAAGGUCGUCCUCGACAGUCUUCAGUAUCUGUUCAGGACCUCAAUGAACGAUCCGUGCCUUACGACAAACUCUCGGCUCCUUCUCGUUCCCCAAUACCUGCGGGUACCAUUAGCCAAGGAAUCAGAGGAAUAUCUGCACCGAACACAAAUCCUGCACUCACUGUCUCCGGGACCGAGCUGAAUAAAUUUACCAUGGCACGGAAUAAAUCAGAACGAACUCAACUGUACAACCAGUUUCAACAAAAUCCCUCAAAUGCAUCCAUUUCCACCACCGAUUCUUCUACGCUCUAUGAUGAAUCUACUGGUGCGACGUACUCACCGAACAAGGCCGUGCUUCCAUCACUCUCCCACCAACAAACAACACGACUGCGUAGAAGUGAAGCGUCAUCAAAAAGCGGUGCGGAUUUCGGACACUUGUCUUCACAACCUGGUACCAGUCAAUCAACAAUUAGGCCUACUUCUGGAAUGACAAUGAGAUCAGACAGGAAUAGAGACUCGAAAUAUGCGGCUUCGCUGACAUCUUCUGAAGGAGGCUCUCAUCCAUCACAUUUUUCCAGUUUCUACCACCAUCGGCAUCAUGGAAGCGAAACUUUCCAUUUCCCCAAACCUGAAACAGACGAAGAGAUUGAAAUCUUGUUCGAGAAUGUUAAGCGUACUCGGGAUUUGGGAGAAAUGCCCGACCUACCGAUAGACCGUAAAUGGCACAUGGUAUACAAUGAUGAACACAUUAGAUGGACAGAGGAAAAACAAAGGGAGGAGCAGUCAAAGAGACAAGCGGAAACUGGUCAGGCUGCCGCGAUAUUGCCCGAUUCCCCGGAGUGGUAUAUCAAGAAAUUUCUGGACAAAACCAUCACUCCCAAGCAGGCCGGAAGUCUGCUGGUUUCACUUCGAAGCAAGGAAUUAAGUUGGUUCCAACAGUUUAUAUCUAUUCAGGGAACAUCUGUUUUGGCUCAAACUCUCCAACAUAUCAGUCGUAAGGGCUCCCAAAGGAAGGAUAAUGACAUCAAUCUAGAAUACGAAGUUGUUAAGUGUUUGAGGCAGAUUUUGAACACUCCAUCUGCUGCCAAUGAAGCCCUUACACACCCAUCAAUUGUUACUCAAAUCGCUUCAUCUCUCAAUGCUCCCAAUUUGUUAACGCGAAAAACCGUCCUUGACUUACUAACAUUUCUGGCGUAUUGGAACAAUGGAGAAGCACAUUCCCUAGUGGUAGCGGCUCUGGAAGCACUUAGUUUGUCCAAUAAUGAAGCCGGGGGAUGCUACGAGUAUUGGUUUAAAUCAAUGGAACAGAGUCUCUCGGGGCGAGGCAAAAUGGGAAGUCUUGUGGGGGCUAGUGAAGAAGUCAAGCGGACGGGUGGUACUGAUAGUUCUCUAAACGAAUAUGCUCUUUCCAACCUUGUUCUGCUUAAUGGGAUCAUACAAUUCGUAGACGACUUCGACUUACGGCUACAUCAUCGAUCACAGAUGGAAUCGGCAGGUCUCAAGCGCAUAUUGGAGCUCUGUAAAAAUUUCGGCGUUCCCAAUAUCGACAAGCAAAUCAAACAACUUCAGAGGUUAUUCGAUGAUGAUGAAAAGAAGUUACGCGAGCGUCUGGACGACGAAAUCCUCAAAGACUUGACCGAUCCGCAAGAUGUCUACAAUGCGAUCCAUGCCAAAACGCAGGGUACAAGAGCUAACAGUUAUUUCCUGUCUAUGAUGCAGCAUCUACUCCUUAUCCGAGAGGAAGGCCAGCCUAUGGUGCACUAUUACCAAUUACUUGAUUCGAUUGUUACAGAUGUGGUUUUGGACAAGAAACUAGCCGGCGCAGAACAGCGGAUGGGUCAUUCUGUUGAACGAAUAAUUGCUCAAUUUAACGAAGCAGACCGUUAUCAAGCUGCUGAAGACGAGGCGGCCGAGGCCCGAGCAUUGGCGGUGCGCUUGAAAUUAGAGAAAGAAGCGCUGGAGGACGAGAUAUCACAAGGUCAAGACGGUUUGGUUGGAAAACUCAAGUCGCAGGUAACAAGUUUGGAAAACAAACUAUCGGUAUCUAGAGAAAAUACUUCAAGGCUUCACGGACAAUUGGAAAGUCAAAAAGCGUCCUAUGAAGAUAAAAUAAACCAGUUGGAAGCCCAGAUCAUGGAACUGUUCCGGAUGCUUAAAGAAGUUGGCAAAGGCGUUGAAACAAUUCUCGACGGUGGCACUAUGGAUCGCAAAGCUCUUGUUGAGACACUGGAACGAAACUUUCAGCGAAAGAAAACCAUCAGUAUACUGGAAGGUAAAGAAGGUAACAGUCGACGAAAGUCGAAGAAAGGACGAAAUGGAAACUCUAGUUUUGUGGACGACGACGAAGACGAUAUCGACGCAACCCCUGGAAAAUCUACCGCCAAGAAGACACAUCCAUCCGUUCCUGGCAAGAAACUUUUCAAUGCAUCAUCAAAUGACAAGAAUUCAGCGGUAGACGAGAAUGGGAGAGUGUCACAAUUCAUGGAUGCAGAUGAAGCAGAUGCGAGGGAACAAGUCCAACAACAGCUUGCAGCUGGUGUCAAAUUAUAUUCUCCCCAGAUCGGAUCCAUGUCAAGUUCUCGGAGUAUCCGUGGUUCCCCUAGACGAUCUGAACGCCCGCCCUUGGGUGGCGAAACCUUUAAACAUAACCACCUGCUUGCUCCAAGACAUGACGACGCAUUUUCUAACGAUUCAGCAGAUUUGAGCAGGUCAUCCUCGCCUGCAAAUGACGAUGAGAGUGAGUACGGCCGGUCGAUACGCAGUGGCUUUACCAAUGGCACAGAAGAUACUCUCGUUACCUCGAUGGCCUCUGAAACAUCGAGUGAUAAUCCACGGACUGCUGCUCCAGGUUCUUUUGCCGAACAACUCAGUAAACAGCUAGUUUCCCGGAACAAACCCCUCCCCCCUCGUGAAGGUAGUCCACAAUUAUCUAGUCUCCCUGAGGAACAAUCCACAGGGAAUGGUGCUCCACCCCCGCCUCCACCACCGCCACCACCACCACCACCACCACCACCCCCGCCGCCACCACCACCACCACCUGUUGGAUUUAAAGGAUUCCCAGGUACGCCGCCGCCGCCUCCACCCCCUCCACCACCACCUCCACCUCCUCCUCCUCCUGGCAUGAAAUCCAUGAUCCCUACCUCUACGUUUGCAGUGCCUUCACCGCCACCGCCUCCGCCCAUGUUCUCAAACCCAAGCUCUACGCGCAGUUCAGCACGUGCAUCUCUUCUUGGCUCCAACCUCACCUUUGCAAAUAUUCGCAAGGAGAUGGCUAUAACUCCAAGUACCAAAAUGAAGCAAUUGCAAUGGGAUAAGUUGCCGCAACAGCAAGUUAGCAAAACCUUAUGGAGCGAAGAUGAACCGCAGAAGGAACAAGACAUGCUUCAAAAACUUCAGCUUGAUGGCGUGUGGAUGGAAAUGGAAGAGGACUUUAAAGCCAAACAACUUGUUAUUAACCUUAUGGCUAAGCAAAAGCGCGAGGAGCUUAGAAGUGUUUUGGACCCUCAAACGAAGAAGCGGGUCGAAAUUCUGAUCCAGCUCAUCCGAAAAUUGGAGCCCGAAGAAAUAGCUCGCAAAAUCCAACAAUUUGACUUGGAGAUGUGUAGUCAGGUAUUCUUGAGAGAGUUAAAACCUCUUCUACCAUCUCCUGAACAGGUUGGGAAAUUAAAUGUAUAUCGAAAUGCGGACCCAUCAGAACUAGCAGAGCUGCAUCCAUCCGACAGACUGAUGGUUCAAUUAAUCAAGAUCAACAGACUUGGUCCGCGGAUUGAGGGUAUGCUUUAUAGAGUCAGCUUUGAUGAAACAUGGGCUCUACUGGACGAGGGUGCUAGCAAGCUUUCAGAAGCUGGUCGGGAUCUCCUCGAGGCUAAACAUUUCAAAGAACUGCUUUCGCUCAUUCUCCUUAUUGGUAACUAUAUGAAUGGAACUGGUAUCAAAGGUGGUGCCUUUGGAUUCCGUGUGAGCAGUAUCAACAAGUUAGUUGACACUAAAUCUGUCAAUAAUACGACAUUGCUCCAUUUCCUAGAACGGACGGUUGCCAAACACUUCCCAGAGAUGGAGGAAUUUUUAGAAGAAUUAGAACGUCCUGCUGAGGCAUACAGAGUAAACCUUCAAGACAUCCGGAAAGGGCUUUCUGAAUUGCGAGAUGGUUUGUCGCGAAUUCAUCAAGAACUUGUUGAUCAUUUUGCUGAACUGGAUGAGCACGACCUUUACGGCAAACAAAUGUGGGCAUUCUAUAAAAAAGCCAAUAGCCAGCUAGAGGAUUUGGUUGACGACGUAAGACAUGCCGAUACAACCUAUAUGGACGCCCUUAGCUAUUAUGGAGAAGAAGACAAAAAUAUGUCGUCCUCUGAAUUUUAUGGCAUAUUCAAAACAUUUGUUACUUCGUACAAGAAAUGCAAAUACGAGAACCAGACUGUGGCAGAAGAAAAGAUGGCAUUGGCUAAGCGACGACAGGCCUUAGAAGAGAGUAAGGCCAACCGGUUGAAGGAAGCAUCCGUAAUAACGGAUGAGAACGAUGGAGCUUUGGAUCGAAUACUGGCUGAUCUUCGUAAUGGUGACGCCGUGACGUGGAAAGCAAGAAGGAGACGCCCCACAGCUGAACCAAACACAACAAUUCCUAUUGGGCUUAAUCUUGAACUUUCUAGUUCUGGGAACGACAUGUCAAUGCUUGCUCUAGAUAUGUUAGCCCGCCUGAAGUCUGAUGGAUUCAAUGCCCCAUCAUCCCCCACAACAUCGCGGCGGAGGAGACGGCGGACAGAACGACCAAGUGAAAGUGAUAAAGACAUUCCAACAUCACCUUUGGCGUCAGAAAUUCUGGAUAUGACUGAACAGCCAGUCCCAGAGCAUGCAGAGGGGGAAGAAGAGGGGCAGAUCGUACUACCGUCAUAG